CCCCACAAUAUGACCUCAGGCUUUAGCGCAGUAGUCAUUACCGUGUUGUGUCUUCUCAGUCUGAUUUGUGCCGUAACUAUUACCCGCAGUACCUAUCUAUCCCCCAGAACAUUGAAUAUCUUACUGUCAAUGCCAACAUAUAUUACUACAUCUUGAGCAUACCCCAUAUACCAGUUCUGGGCUCUUUUCGGAAUUAUGGGCGAUUCAUCUUGAAUAUGCCAAAUGAUUUGUCGACUUCGGUGAGAAUGACAGGAAGCAACUACGAAAAUUCUGGAAUAUUUGCUUUUCACUCGUUUAUUCUCUGAUUGCCAAGUCACGCCUUCAGGGCCUUUCCUCAAUACCGGAGAUAUGUACUUUGGGGUCCACAAUGCCAUCUUUGAUUCGUUGUCAUUUUCUGUCACGUCUUUAUCCUCGUGGUCCAACACUGGUAUGAUGGUAUUUAUUUCAAAGUAUGGGGAGUUGCAAUUGCAAUGUUAUGAGGAAAAUGGAAUUCAAACAUUCAUAACAAAUAAUGGUACAAUCUUUUUCGCAAAUAUUCAUUGGGAAGCACGCACAAAUAUAAAAGGAGAUGGAUGUAUGAUAUUGGGUUCUGGUGUACUGGUAAACUUGCAUUUAUCAGAAAGCACGCAAGGUAUAGCAAAAACUCAAACCAUUUACUUAGCCUUCGGUUCUUCAAGGUUGAGAAUUAUUGGAAUAGAGUCCCACGUGGUAACGUACCUACUCUCAAAGUCGCAGGGUUUGGUAAUGGGAAUAAACAAUCAGUCCAAGCUUAUGGAUCCGUUAACAGGGUUCGUUAUUCCAGGAGAUUUGGCUUGUAACAGCGUUGAAAUGAUUAUUUUCAAUAUUGUUACGGGUUAUUAUGGGAGUUUCGGAGUAGAAAAUGGUUUUAUUUCCUUUAGUGAACAGCCUCUAAACAAUCAUCCUACUUUUUGCGAACGUACGAUUAUAUUUCCUUCGGGUCCAUGAAUUUUUGCUGUGAUAUGGCACACUUCGCAGGAAGCCUCAACUGUCUUCAUUCGAGAGAUGCUGAGACAAAACUUUCUUCUGGUCAUGAGAUGAGACAUCCAGCCCGUCUUCGUUUGUUCGAAAGCUGGUUUUUAUUUCUUUAAAUAUGGUUAAUAAAUUAGCAAAUACUCCUGCAAAAAUGACAUCUGGCGCUGUGCUGUUUGCCCAGGUUGUGUUUAGUUCUUAUUCAAAUCUGAUGCAUUAACUGUCUGUUUACCUUGCC